AGAUGGACAGGGGAGAAUCUUCUGGACCAUGUCAGCCAAGGGAGGCUCUCCUGGAAAGUACAACCAGGGUUGCCAGAUGGGCUGACCCAGAGAUUCGCCUGCUAACACAGAAAAAAGACUUUUUAGCUCCUGCUCAGCAAGAUUUGAGCAUUGAUAUGGACCUGAGUAACUUAUACGUGUUUUCUUAUCUUUUUUCAGAAUGGGAAAUGUUAUUGCAAUUUUCCUAUACAGAACCACUGUUAAGUAUGGGGUAAGGGAGAGCUUGGGGGUAACAGAGUGAUCCAGCUUCUCCAGGAGCUCCUCCUGGUCCCAAGUGCUUUUCCUGCAGGUGCUCCUGAUCUUUGCACGGAAUCGAGGCGUUUGGGCCUUGUCUCCCUCAGAGAGAGGGUAGAUGUGUCUGUGAGGAGGACCCACAAAUAUCUGGUGGCCAAAAGCAUGGACAGUGGCAGACACUGUUAGAUGUCACUCAGUGCUAGUUCCUCCCUCCUUUUAGACUAAAAAGACACCCCAUUUUUGGUCUGGGCAUGGGCAGCAUUAUUUCCAGCCUCCCUUGCUGCUGGAUGUGGCCAAGUUCCCAGAUAAAAAUGAGCAGAAGAGAGAGAGGAAACCUCUGGGUCACGCUUGUCAAAGAAAAAGGCAUUUCUUCCGUUCCGCUUCCUCUUCCCACCCUGCUGCUGGAAUUCUGAUGUGCUUGUGUCCAUCUUCAACCACACAGAUGAAGGAUCUAAAACCUGAAAAGAGGCCAAAUGAUUCCUCAAAACCAUGCAAGUACGAAGUAGCAGAGCAGAUCUCAAAUCCAGGUGUGAAGUGUGUCCAGCAGUCUGAGAACAAGAAGAAGAAGAAAAUCUAAUCCUUCAGGGUGUCUGUGUGCCAGCCCUGCUCUCAGCACUUCCCAUGUGGAACUCGUUUACUUCUCCUAACAACUCCAUCAUAUGGGUUAGACUGUGAUUGUUCCCAUAUUGUUGGUAGGGAAACUGAGGCAUGCAGGUGUUACAGAGCUGUCUCAAGCAGCAAGCUUUCUGGGUGGUUACAGAGUGGCAGAGCUGGGGUAUCCCAUGAUGUCACCACACUGCUAUAUGGAAAGGAACAUUAAUCGAGCACCUAUGUGCUUGAUUCUCUUAAUUCUGUGACUGAACUCUCAAAACACCCUGGGUAAGCACUAUCAUCUCCUAUUCUCACAAGUGAAAAAACUGGGAUUCAAAAAAAUUAAGUGACUUACCAAAUAUUACAGAGCUAGUGAGCCAAGACUUGAACACUGAGAUGGAAUUCUACCUUUUAAGGUGGCUAAGCAACAAAAGGAUGUUCCUUUCCCAAGGGGGUAAGAAGCAGUGGCCAUGUUCAGCACAAUUGUCCUAUCACAGGUUCAUGGCAGGGACCGAGCAGUGAGGAUGGGCACUGCCCUGUGUCCUAGCAGAUGGCUGCCUUCUGGCUCCCCAGACUUGGCCAGCAGCCCUUCUGUCUUCAUGCCAUGACCUAUUUUUGUUCACCCAGUUAGUGUAUGGCCUAUUUCUUUCCUUAAGAAUUACUUCAUAACUUUCACAGAGUAAUAGCACAUGCUGAGCACAGCAUUCAUGAACUUGGACACACGCACACAAAAUGUCCCUUUAAAUUCACAGAGCAAUAUCUGAGAUCCAGGUAGAAAGACCAAAAGGAAAAUUAAGAACAGACUCUCAGACCUGUCUUCCCUUUGCAUUCAGGUUGGUUUCCUUUUUACAACUGCCCAAGUCAUGAGUUCAUAGGGCCUGGAUGGCUGUACCGGAUUGCUCUCCAGCUGGUCUCUCUGCAUCCAGAAAUUUCUACAACCUACUGGGACACAGAGGGAUUGAAAUGCAUAACAAUAGAGAUGAAACAUGAAGAGUGAUAAAUGAAGAUUGAGUGUGCACACCUUCUGGAGGAGCCCUGAUUGAGUAUUUUAACACAGAAGUGGGUGAGAGCAAAGUUGUAUCAGAGUAGGACAAUGACACCAAGCCAGAUGGUUAUCAAAAUCCACAGGAACAAAUGAAGAGAACCAGAAAUUGCAAAUAAGAAGGACAGAGUACCAGAGAGGAGAGAGAUGUACAGAGAAUUAUGGAGGUGGCUUCCCUUGAGUAUGCAGCUAAGUAAUGAUUAAUGCAUACAUAUAAGAAACUACUGGAUGACAGAGAAAGAACCACAAGCAAUUUAAAGCACUCCACGAAGAGGCCUUGGCUAGCUGCACAUCUCCCUACAUGGGUAUGUCAAGAUCACCGACUCUGCUUACAGCAGUUCCCAGAUGAAACUCUUCAUAAUUUCAGACGCACCUUUAAUACCAGUGAAGGUUUACCUCCAGGCCCACAGUCUGGGUCUUUCCAGAGACACUCACAGCAAGAUGUCACCUGCUUUUUGAUGUCAUCAGAGUCAAACACAAACACCCACCACUGUGGUUUCCAUGUCUAAUUCGCAAAUGGCUUUAACUUUGAGCUGGCCCACAAUGUUGUAUUAACCCCACUCAGGGUUUCUGAUCUCUAACUUGGCUGUGAUCAUUGUGAUGGAGCAAGAAAAAAAACUGUUGGUCUCAGAUUCUAACAGCUUUAUGGAGAGGGAGAGUUUGAAAAGCCCCUUCACAGGAGAUGCAAGUAUGAAUAAUUUGGAAACUGUUCACCACAAUAAUUCUAAGGCAGAUAAAGAGAAACCUUCAGAAUGGUCUAAAAGACAUAGACCACAACAUUAUAAGCAUGAGGAUGCAAAAGAAAUGCCACUGACAUGGGUUCAAGAUGAGAUUUGGUAUCAUGAUUCCUAUGAGAGUGAUGGCAAGUCAGAGAAUUGGGGAAAUUUUAUAGCUAAAGAGGAGGAAAAACCCAGUCACCAGGAAUGGGACCCAGGAGAACAUACCAAUGCCUGUGUCCAGCAGAAUUCAUCCUUUGUAGACAGACCCUAUAAAUGUUCCGAAUGUUGGAAAAGCUUCAGUAAUAGUUCUCAUUUGCGUACUCACCAGAGGACCCACUCAGGAGAAAAGCCUUAUAAAUGCUCUGAGUGUGCAAAAUGCUUUUGUAACAGUUCUCACCUGAUUCAGCAUCUAAGAAUGCACACAGGAGAGAAGCCCUACCAGUGUGGUGAAUGUGGGAAAAGCUUCAGCAAUACCUCCCAUCUUAUUAUCCAUGAGAGAACUCACACGGGAGAGAAACCCUAUAAAUGUCCCGAGUGUGGGAAGAGAUUCAGCAGCAGCUCUCACCUUAUUCAGCAUCACAGAUCACAUACAGGUGAAAAACCAUAUGAAUGUUCUGUCUGCGGAAAAGGCUUCAGUCACAGCUAUGUCCUAAUAGAACAUCAGAGGACUCACACUGGAGAAAAACCUUAUAAGUGCCCUGAUUGUGGGAAGAGUUUUAGUCAGAGUUCCAGCCUCAUUCGCCACCAGCGGACACACACAGGUGAGAAGCCCUACAAAUGUCUUGAGUGUGGAAAAAGCUUUGGUUGUAAUUCUACUCUAAUAAAACAUCAGAGAAUACAUACAGGAGAAAAGCCUUAUCAAUGUCCAGAAUGUGGGAAGAAUUUUAGUCGUAGUUCAAACCUUAUUACACACCAGAAGAUGCACACAGGAGAGAAAUCCUAUGAAAGUUCUGAAUAUGAGGAAAGUUUGGGUCAGAACUGCAAUGUGAUAGAAGAAUGCAGAAUCCAGUUAGGAGAGAAACCAUAUAGAUGUUGUGAAUGUGGGAAGAGUUUUGGCCUUAGCUCCCAUCUCAUUAGACAUCAGAGAACACAUACAGGAGAAAAACCUUACAGAUGUUCUGAGUGCUGGAAAACCUUCAGUCAGAGUUCCACCCUGGUGAUUCACCAAAGGACACAUACAGGAGAGAAACCUUAUAAAUGUCCUGAUUGUGGUGAAUGCUUCAGUCAGAGCUUUAACCUUAUCAGGCACCGGAGGACCCACAUAGGGGAAAAACCUUACAAAUGUACCAGCUGUGAGAAAUGCUUCAGCAGAAGUGCCUACCUCAGUCAGCAUCGGAAAAUUCACGUAGAAAAGCCUUUUGAGUCUCCCGACGUUGGGGAUUUUCCUCAUGAAUGGACUUGGAAAAACUGUUCAGGGGAAAUGCCCUUCAUCCCUUCAUUUUCCGUCUCAAAUUCAUCUUCCUGAGUCCCAAAGCCUGGUUGGUGAUGGUUUUUUCUUCCUUGUUGGACCAUGACAAUUUAGGUAUUCUGUGAUUGUUGUGCUAUAAAGUUUCUUUGAUGUGUUUGUCAAAACAUUUGGAAAAAGUCAACCUCCCAGUUUAAAGGAUGGGAAGACCCCAAUCACCAGGUUAUUGGAUCUGUCCAGUGAGAGAUUCAUCCACCAAGGAUGAAGAAAGGAGGACUUUUAAAAAUUUAAGGUAAGAUAGUAAUAGCUUCAAAAGAACACGUACAGAGUAAUCCUGAGAGUAAGCAAAGGAACCAUGAGAACCUGAAGCUAGAAUUGCUAUUGAAUUACUUUAUUUUCUCUUCCCUUAUUGGGUAGAGAUACAUCAUUACUGGCCUCAGGGGUUUACCCAAAGAAAGGGUAUUUUUGAGCAAAUAAUGUGAUUUCCUGGCUAUUUUGUUGGGGCUUAAGAAGAGAUUUUUUUUUCAAAUGCAUUUUUAGUCACUAAAAAUUAACUGUCGUACCAUCUAGAACUAUACUGUCCAGUACCAUAGCCUCUAGCCGUAUUUAGCUAUUUCUAUUAAGAUUAAUUGAAAUUUUAAAUCCAGUUCCUCAGUCACACUAGCCACUUUCUAAGUGCUCAGUAGCUCUGUGUGACCAGCGGCUACUGUAUUGGAUAUUAUAGAAGGUUCUUUCAUUCAAGAUCAUCAUUCUUGACAGACCCAUAAAUAUUUCCUAUAAAGACUGUAGAAGUGUGUUCUGGAGGGUUUGCUCUCCAAAAGGAAUUGUAAUAUAGAGUAGAAUUGGGAUAGAGUAUUGAAGACACUGGGUUUAGAGAUUGGAUAUUUUAAUGAUUGUGUGUUCUAAUUCAUGUGCUGCCAACUGAGUUAUCUAGUGAUACGACCUCACUGUCUUGACCAAAGCCAGAAUAGAAGGCAGGAUUCCUGAAUUCUAUCUUAAAAUUUGUAAUGAAGAGCCUUUUCCCUAAAUUAUCCCAUUAUGUAAUUCUUGGUCAGCUCAAGAACUGGGUUCUUUUUCUAAUAAUUAACUCACUAAAUCUGAGCCAGUGUCCAAGGACAGUUUGCCAUUAAGGAGUACUGAGACUUCUUAGCUUUGGUACUGACAGUUUUCUUUCGCCUCUUGACAUAAUUGGUAUAUGGAUCUGAUAACUGAGGUCCCAUCUUCCCUACUCAUUCCUAUGGGAAUGAUGCUUUGGAAAUUAUUAGAUAUAUCCUAUUCCCUUCCUCCCAUUUUUUUCCUGCUAGUGCAAAAGGUAGAUGAGUAGGAAGAUUAGGACUCCUGAGUUGCCCAUGAUUUCAUCUAAUUUUUGGAUUCAGAAUGUAUUUUAUGAAUAAUAUGCUGAGAUGCAUAUUAGGAAUGUGAAGCCAGAAUGGGUCAGUUGUAGCUGCUGCAAAGUUCUGUAGCUGAUGGUCAUUUAAUUGCAUGGGGAUUAUUUUAUCUUUCAUGAUUGUGGUGCACCUGAUGCUGGCCGGGUAUUUGUGUGUUUUUGUAUUGUUAUUUGAUUACAAAAAUAAAGCAAAAACUAACAAAUAAAGGUAUUGAAGAA